GACUUAUCUCCCGAUUGAAAUAUCCUGUGUCAACACAGCAAAAAUCUGCUCCUUCCACUGCAGGACUUGGAUACGGGGCGUGGGAGAUUGACUUGAAAGAACUGACAUUUCUGAAAGAGCUGGGGACAGGCCAGUUCGGAGUGGUGAAGCACGGCAAGUGGCGAGGCCAACACAACGUGGCCAUCAAGAUGAUCAAAGAAGGCUGCAUGUCAGAAGAUGCCUUUAUCGAUGAAGCCAAAGUCAUGAUGAAUCUCUCCCAUGCAAACCUGGUGCAACUGUUUGGGGUUUGCACUAAGGAAAGACCAAUCUUGAUUAUCACAGAAUACAUGUCCAAAGGUUGCCUCUUGUCCUACUUGCGGGAUACUCGGCGGUCCUUCCAGGCCACUGAGCUUUUAGAUAUGUGCAAGGAUGUCUGUGAGGCCAUGGAGUAUCUGGAAUCCAAACAAUUUCUACACAGGGACCUGGCCGCUCGCAAUUGCUUGGUCAACGAACAAGGGGUGGUCAAAGUCUCUGAUUUCGGCCUUUCCAGGUAUGUCUUGGAUGAUGACUACAUCAGCUCUGUGGGAGCCAAAUUUCCAGUCCGGUGGUCUCCUCCAGAGGUUCUUCUCUACAACAAGUUCAGCAGCAAAUCGGACGUCUGGUCUUUUGGUGUUCUGAUGUGGGAGGUCCACGCUUUGGGGAAGAUGCCCUACGAGAGGUUCAGCAACAGCGAGACCACCGACCACGUCAUCAAAGGGCUGCGCCUCUACCGCCCCCAGCUGGCCUCCGACAGGGUGUAUGCCAUCAUGUACAGUUGCUGGCACGAGAAAGCAGAAGAACGUCCAAGUUUCCAAGUCCUCCUUGGGCAAAUUAUGGAUUUAGCGAAUGAAGAUGUCUGAUCCCCCUCGGUCACCCAAUGUACAUUUUCCCCUCUAGAAUUGUUGCCAUGUUCUUCAGUUUGCUGAGGAAUUGCUGAAUGGACCUGGUGAAAAACACAAUCAGCAAGAAGGCAAACCAAAAUAGCUUGAUUGAUUGAGAACUGUCUCCGUCCCCUUUUACUCACUUUUGUGUUUUGUCUUCAAGCCAGCCAAAACCAGGGCUGUAUAGGUUGUUUUCCUAUCCAGUAGGAUAAGGUGCAGCUUGUCCCCACUGAAGUGCGAUCAUCCCAGUCCCAAAUCAGCCAAAAACAAAACCCACAUUAAAUUGUCUGUCUUCAUUUCUGAUCCCUGACCCACCUUAAUCUCUGACUUCCAUUCAGAGGUAAUGCUGGCAGCUACCCACCUCUGCUGCCUUCCCUUCAUGAUCAUGGGUGUGAAACCAGGGGUGAAAUUCAUCAGGUUCUG